AUAUCAACUCAAUCUCACAAAACACAUAUUCCAAUUUCCAAGAACUCAAAAAUCAAGAAUAAUGAACCAAAGUGAAAAUAAAUCAUCAUCAACAAAUGAAGAUGAACAACAAGAAGAAAGUGGAUGGACAACUUAUUUGGAGGAUUUUUCAUUAAUGAAUAAUCAAAGGGAAAAUUAUGAUGAUGAUAAUUUUAGCCCUAAUAAUUAUUCUUUAUUAUCUGAUGCUGCUUCUAAUAUUGCUCCAUGGAAUAACAAUAAUUAUUGUAAUAUAAAUUACAAUAAAUUAGUUAUGAAUGAUGAAUACUCUCCCAAGAAGUUGAAUUUGAAGAAAUUACCAAGAAACAAGAAAAUCAAUGAUCCUGAUUUGGAAGACACUGCUAGCUCACCUGUCAAUAGUCCUAAGGUAAGCAAGAUGGAGAUCAAUUACAGAAGAACAAAAAAUAGCACUGGAAAUUUUAUGGGAAAUGAUGGUAGCUCAAGACAAUUUCAAGAAGUGCACAAAGUGGAAAGAGGCUAUACAGAUUUGAAGAAGAAAGGACUUUGUCUUGUGCCUUUAUCUAUGUUAGUCAACUACCAUGGUUGAUUUUUCCUCUCUUUAUUUCUCUCCAUGUAAAUAAAAAUCUUGCUUUUAUUUUUUAAGUAUAUAAAUAUAAAAGAUCAUUAUGUAAUUA